AUGGAUAUUCACAAGCAAUUUCCUGAAGUCGUUUCUUUUCUCGAAUCUACUGCUUUUUCUCACUUUGAUCAUUCUGCCACAACAACUGUCGACCUCUUUAUUGAGGUCCUCUCAUCAAACGAGAAUGAUCUGAGAGAAAUCUUACCGAAGUUUCGGCAAGUUACUGAAGGCCUUGCUGAGGCCAUGCAAGCCGCUAUAGAUGGCAAGAUAGUUCAAGGUCUUCCCGAAGAGACUUCUUCGGGAUUACCAGAAUUGGACACGCUCAUGGAUGGUGGGUAUACUAACGGUCAAGUGAGCGAAAUCUUUGGUGUCAGUGGAAGUGGAAAGUCUCACAUCGUGGGCUCCGCUCUUCUUGCAGCUCACAAUGACGCAGAGCAACAAACAAGCCGAGGAGAAUCUGUGGUGAUAUGCACAGAGAGAGCAUUGGAGACUCGCAGGCUAAUUCAUAUGAGUGGUAGGUUUGCCAGCAAGCAAACUUUACAGGACAUAUCUACUAUUUACUGCUCCGAUCUUGAUUCGUUUGAUCACAUAAUCUUCACACAAUUACCAGCAUUCCUUGAUCAAGCAUUUAUUGAUGAAGUGGACUUGGAGUUAGUCAAUCAGGAGCUCAACUUCAGCUCGUUGGAUGAGAAUUUGGUCAUUAGAGGGGGCUGUGACUUGUUUACCACCAAGCCUAUUGGUUCGGAUAGAAAAUUGUUUAAGACGAUUGAAAGACAUUUAGACCAAAUUCUUGAGGACAAUCAACUCUCUAGAUCAAUUGAUAAGGAGCGCAAACAAUCAGUUAGCUCAAUUUUGGGCAGCUCUAGCUCUCCAUUGAACACUGCUAAUCAUCAAAUGAUGGGGUUUACGAGAAGAGGAUCCGGCGCCUCAUCGAUAACCUCUGAUAUCGAGAUCUCUGAACCGGGGACCAGUUUUGGAAAUGUGGUUAAUUCAGAACAAACGGGCGUCUCUUUUCAUGACGAGUCACCGUUCGGUUCACUAAAAGAUACCUCAAGUCGAAAGGUUUUUGCCUACUUGAUUGCAAUACUUAACACCACAUAUCCUGAUCAUGACUUUUCAAAUUUGCAACCGACCACAGAAAAUUUCCAUAAACUUGAUUUCACAGAGGAUUUGAGACAUCAAUUCAACAAUAUAAUGAUGUCUUUGGGGAAAAAGGAAGACACCCUUGCUUGGAUUUGGGACACCCUUAAUGUGUAUAUGGAGAUACAACCGAACAAUCUAUCAUCCAACGGGGAAUAUCCACAGUCACGAAGGAAAAGCUCUUUAAACCCACUAGCGGCGCCAAUCACCGAAGGCACUUAUGACAGCGACUAUUUCCUCAAAGUGUACGAAUUUCAGCCAUCCGAUCAAUCGAUUUUAGAAGACUUGAACUACCCCUAUCAAACUAUGUGGUCCAACUACUGGUUCAUCUAUAACAAGAAAAGGAAACGAGUUUGUUUUCUUUAUCUAACUGCGAUCAACAAGCUGCAUUUUUCAGAAAUGAAUCGCAGUAGGAGUCCCUUUGACUUAGAUUCCAAGGAACCUCUGGAGCCUCAACGAUCUUUACAAUCCUUCGACGACGACGAUUUUAUGGCAGAGGGAAACGGCGACGAUGAAGUCCAAUAUGACGAUCUUAAUCGCGACAUAAUUGGUGGGAUGGAGAUGUGA